AUGCUUACGCGAUGGGAAAGUAUUAUUUUGUGGAUAUCAUUCACGACGGAAGCUACAAAGUUCACGAAAUUUGCCAAAGAUUUCGAAGGCCAACUUUAUGAGGACCUUCUCUUUGACUACAACAAAAUUCCACGACCUGUUAAGAAUAGCUCAGACAUCCUGACCGUUGACGUCGGCGCCUCUCUUAUUCGGAUCAUUGACGUGGUGAGGAAGUUUUUGGAAAUUUCUUUCUGCAACACUGUUCAACUCAGUGUGGGAUUCAUUACAGGACGAGAAAAAUCAAGUGCUUACAACGAAUUUAUGACUGAAGUAACGCCUCCUUUGCAGAAGUGGUUUGAUUCUAAGCUCACAUGGGAUCCGUUAAAGUAUGGUGGUCUACGGACGCUACAUAUACCAAGCGAUUUCAUUUGGACUCCUGAUUUGGUGCUGUAUAACAAGUGA